AUGGCCGGCGGCGCCAUCGUGGACACGGCCGGCGGAAAGCAAUACCCUGGCAAGCUCACCCUGUACGUCGUCUUCACCUGCGUCAUCGCCUCCACCGGCGGCCUCAUCUUCGGGUACGACAUCGGCAUCUCAGGCGGCGUGACGUCCAUGGACCCCUUCCUCUUGAAGUUUUUCCCGGAGGUGUACCGGCAGAAGCAGGCGGCGAGCAAGAGCAACCAGUAUUGCCAGUACGACAACCAGCUGCUCCAGGCCUUCACGUCCUCACUCUACCUCGCCGCACUCGUCGCCUCCUUCUUCGCGUCCGCUGUCACCCGCAUCCUCGGCCGCAAGUGGUCCAUGUUAGCCGGCGGCUUCACCUUCCUCGUGGGAGCCGCCCUGAACGGCGCCGCCCAGAACGUCGCGAUGCUCAUCGUUGGACGCAUGCUGCUUGGCGUCGGCAUCGGGUUCGCCAAUCAGUCUGUGCCGGUGUACCUAUCGGAGAUGGCACCUGCGCAUCUCCGCGGCAUGCUCAACAUUGGUUUCCAGCUCAUGAUCACCAUCGGCAUCCUGGCAGCGGAGCUCAUCAACUACGGCACUAACAAAAUCAAAGGCGGACACGGUUGGCGCGUCAGCCUGGCUCUCGCGGCUGUGCCUGCGGUGAUCAUCACUGUCGGCGCACUCUUCCUCCCCGACACCCCCAACUCACUGAUGGAGCGAGGCCACCCGGAGGCGUCGCGUCGGAUGCUACGCCGUAUCCGCGGCACCGACGACAUCGGCGAGGAGUACGCGGACCUAGUGGCGGCGAGGGAAAUAUCAAAGCAAGUACAGCAUCCGUGGCGCAACAUCCUGAUGCGCAAGUACCGCGCGCAGCUCACCAUGGCUGUGCUCAUCCCCUUCUUCCAGCAGGUCUCCGGCAUCAACGUCAUCAACUUCUAUGCGCCCGUACUCUUCGAGACCCUAGGUUUCAAGGGAGACGCGUCGCUUCUCUCGUCGGUGAUGACUGGCGGCGUGCUCGUGCUCGGGUCGGUGGUGUCGAUGUUCACCGUCGACAGGCUGGGGCGGCGGAAACUGUUCCUGCAGGGUGGCGCACAGAUGCUGGUAUCCCAGAUCGCGGUGGGAACUCUGAUCGCGGUGAGGUUCGGGACAAGUGGGGUGGGAGAGAUGCCCAGGGGUUAUGCAGCGGCGGUGGUGCUCUUCAUCUGCGUGUACGUGGCGGGCUUCGUGUGGUCGUGGGGAGCGCUGGGAUGGCUGGUGCCGAGUGAGAUCUUCCCGCUGGAGAUCCGUUCGGCGGGGCAGAGCAUCACCGUGUCGGUGAACAUGCUCUUCACCUUCGUCAUCGCGCAGGCCUUCCUCACCAUGCUCUGCCACAUGAAGUUCGGGCUCUUCUACUUCUUCGCUGGCUGGGUGGUGAUCAUGACCGCCUUCGUCGCGCUUUUCCUUCCGGAGACCAAGAACGUGCCCAUGGAGGAGAUGGUGCUCGUCUGGAAGGGACACUGGUUCUGGAGCAGGUUCAUCGGAGACGCCGACGAUGUCCACACCGGUGUCAAUGUGUUAGCAUCAACCUAGAUUAUGAAUUUGUAAUGAGUCGUUCGUGGAUGCAUUUGCUUUGCUUUGUUGAUUAAUUUGGUGUGAACAUACGCACAAUAUGCACCACUGCAGGGAAAAUAGUUAUGGCCAGGAGUGCUUGAAAGUUAG